AUGGAUUCAUUAAAGAAGUUUCGUACCAGAGGGUCUGUUACGAAACCGAAAAUUGGUAUUAUAGGAGCUGGCAUAGCUGGCCUUCGAUGUGCAGACAUCUUGCUGCAGCACGGCUUCAAUGUCACAAUUCUUGAAGGGAGAGACAGGAUUGGAGGAAGGGCACACCAAGCUCCUUUGCCAUCUGGUCAGCUUGUUGAUCUCGGCCCCAACUGGAUCCAUGGAACCGAUCAAAAUCCCAUACAUGAUUUAGCAAAAGAAACCAAGACUACCACACACUUAUGGGGGGAGGCUCUACAAGCUUUCGACAAAGAUGGCAAAAAGUUGGAACAAGCGAGGUUAUUGAGCGACGACAUGUGGGGUAUUAUCCUCCAGGCGUUUAAGCAUUCUGCACAGAACACGUCCACGAUCGAUCCUGAGCAAAGCCUCCAUGAUUUCUUUGUUGAGAAGACACAAGAGAUGUAUCCGGGGGGAGGUGAAUCUGAGCACAAGCGAAAAAUUGUGAUGCAGAUGUCGGAGCUUUGGGGUGCAUUCGUUGGCAGCGAUGUCAGGAAGCAAAGUCUGAAGUUCUUCUGGCUUGAAGAGUGCAUUGAUGGUGGAACUUAUAAGGAUAUUGUGGCGCUUAUUGCGAAACCGGCCAAAGGCAAAGCUGAUAUUAAGCUCUCCACGAAAAUUAAUCACAUCAACACCACCAACCAAAAGGUUACCCUCGUCACCGAGAAUGGAGUACAACUAGAGUUUGAUGAAGUCGUUGUUACAAGUCCUCUAGGGUGGCUAAAAAACAAUAAACAUACUUUCGAACCGCCCCUCCCUGCAAGGUUUUCUCAGGCUAUCGAUUCAAUUGGCUAUGGCACUUUAGAAAAGGUGUACAUUACAUUCCCCACUGCCUUCUGGUUGAAUGGCGACGUGGGCUCGCAUGAUUAUUCGUCUGGUUUCGCACAGUGGCUAUCACCUUCAUAUGCACUAGACACAAACCCUCAACGCUGGAACCAAGAGGCAGUUGAUAUGGCGAGUCUUCCAGGAUCAUGCUCACAUCCCACGAUGCUAUUCUACUUAUACGGUGACCACUCUAUCUCCCUCACUAACGAACUUGCUGCCUUGCGGACAGAAAAGGCAAGGCAGGAGUAUUUAAUCGAGUUCUUCGAACCAUAUUUCUCACUAUUGCCUCACUACUACGAGAAAUCGAAGGACUGCAUCCCGGUAUAUUGCCUCGCCACAAGCUGGGCAACAGAUGAGUUAGCUGGCAAUGGGAGCUAUAGUAAUUUUCAAACUGGGCUCAAGGAAGGCGAUAAGGACAUCGAGAUCAUGAGGGAAGGUCUAACGGGUAGGAGUUUGUGGUUUGCAGGGGAGCAUACUGCACCGUUCGUCGCUCUUGGCACGGCAACUGGUGCGUACUGGAGCGGUGAGGCUGUUGGCAAACGAAUUACUGAAGCCUAUGGGGUGGUUGUGGAGAAUAUUGGCAGUCCGGUCGAGGCCCGUGAUAUUGGGGGCCCAGAGGGACCGAAGGAGUUCAAUGCUCGGGGCUUUGCAGAUAAAACAUUUGAUCAUUAA